AAAAACCCCCGACUCCAACACGCAGGCGCUCUCAUAUCACCAUCUCUCCGCCUCCAUACAUUUUUAGAGAGAGAGAGAGAGAGAGAGAGAGAGAGAAUGGCGAAGUUAGGGCCGACCCCAGAUGCGAUUUCGACCAUCUUGGCGAACAAGUCGCCGGACGAGUCCGUUGAGCUGCCGGAGAUCGUGGUUCAGGUCUGCGAUCUCAGCCCCAGGGGCAAGUCUUUCAUGUUUACUGCUACUGAUGGAACUGCGAAGCUAAAGGGGAUGCUCUCCUCGCGGCUGGGCCCCCAGGUCACCUCUGGGGAGAUUCAGAAUCUGGGUCUCAUUCGCGUUUUGGGUUACUCUGUUAAUUUCAAUUCGAACUUGUCUGAAAACUAUCUGCUUGUAACAAAAUGUGAGGUGGUUUCACCUGCGCUUGAGGCAGAGGUGAAAAAUGAGGUCAAAAGGGAAGAUGUUGGGAUUAUAUUGAAUCCCAAGCAAGAAAUAGUUUCAGAAUCUGCUGCCCAAAUUGUGCAUGAGCAGGCUGGGAAGGUAAAAAAGGAAGAUGUUGGGGUUAUAUUGAAGCCCAAGCAAGAAAUGGUUUCAAAAUCUGCUGCCCAAAUUGUGCAUGAGCAGGCUGGGAAUAUGGCUCCGUCUGCGAGAAUGGCUAUGACACGAAGGGUUCACCCGCUUGUUUCCUUGAACCCUUACCAAGGAAAUUGGACCAUAAAGGUUCGUGUUACAAACAAGGGUACCAUGCGUACAUACAAUAAUGCUAGAGGUGAAGGUUGCGUCUUCAAUGUGGAGUUAACGGAUCAAGAUGGUACACAAAUUCAAGCAACAAUGUUCAAUGAAGCUGCAAAGAAGUUCUUUGAGAAGUUUGAGUUAGGGAAGGUUUAUUACAUUUCAAAGGGAUCUCUGAGGGUUGCUAACAAGCAGUUUAAGACGGUGCAAAAUGAUUAUGAAAUGACUUUGAAUGAGUAUUCUGAGGUGGAAGAAGCUAGCAAUGAAGCAGCUUUUGUUCCUGAAAUAAAAUUCAAUUUUGUGCCCAUCGAUAUGUUGGGUCCCCAUGUUAAUGGAAAGGAGCUUGUGGAUGUUAUUGGGGUUGUUCAAAAUGUGUCUCCUACAAUGAGCAUUAGAAGGAAGAGCAACAAUGAGAGUAUUCCGAAGCGUGAUAUCACCAUUGCUGAUGAAACAAAGAAGACAGUUGUGGUUUCUUUAUGGGGUGAGCUUGCAACUGGUGUAGGCCAGGAAUUGCUUGACAUUGCUGAUCAAUCUCCCAUAGUCGCUAUCAAGUCCCUCAAAGUUGGAGACUUCCAAGGUGUAUCAUUGUCAACAUUGAGCAGGAGCACAAUACUAGUUAAUCCAGAGUUGCCUGAAGCACAGAAGUUGAGGUCCUGGUAUGAUUCUGAAGGCAAAGGAUCUUCAUUGGCCUCCAUUGGCUCUGGUAUGAACCCAGCCAAGAAUGGAGGAAGGUCCAUGUACUCUGACAGAGUCACCCUGUCUCAUAUAUCCGAAGACCCGUCCUUGGGUGAGGAUAAGCCUGUGUUUUUCAGUGUUAAAGCGUUCAUAAGUUCGAUCAGGCCUGAUCAGACAAUGUGGUACCGUGCUUGCAAAACUUGUAACAAGAAAGUGACUGAAGCUAUUGGGUCUGGUUAUUGGUGUGAAGGGUGCCAGAAAAACGAUGAAGAAUGCAGUCUAAGGUAUAUAUUAGUUGCAAGAGUUGCUGAUGUAAGUGGGGAAACGUAUCUUUCUCUUUUCAAUGAAGAAGCUGAGAGGGUCCUUGGGUGCUCUGCAGAUGAACUGGACAAAUUGAAAUCAAAGGAUGGAGACGAGAAUGAAUUCCAACAGAAGCUGAAAGAAGCAACUUGGGUUCCUCAUCUUUUUAGGGUCAGUGUUACUCUGAAUGAGUACAAUAACGAGAAGCGGAAGAGGAUAACUGCCAGGGCAGUUGCUCCAGUUGAUUUUGCUGCUGAAUCUAGGUUUUUGCUUGAAGACAUAUCGAAGAUGAAGGCGUCAUAAGUUAAUGAUUUAGAAGGAUGAAGGAUGAAGAAUGAAAAUGUUAUCUAGGCAGAUCUAACUUUAAUCUCUCUGGCUUAGGUUUUGUAUGUGAUUUUCAGAUCAGUACAGGUGGUUUUUGUUGCAUUCCAGAAAAAUGCCUGAUAGUGUUUAUCUAGUUGUAUAAAUGCACUUCUUUUAUAAUCCUUUGUGUGA